ACAGUAGUUGAGAAGCCGACUGAUUUGACCAAUGUAAAGGCCAAGCUCCUCUUGAAAUAAAGCAGGAAAAGACAGUUGUAAACAAAACAGUCUGUCUUGUGUACCGAAAGCAGCCAUGUCCUGAAGAAGGAAAAGGCUGUCAGUUUGACCACCCUCAAUGGUGUCAAACACAUCUCAAGUUCGGCCUUGAGAAGUUCAAUAGGAAGAAAGGAAGUUCAAAGAUAGAUUGUCCUUUUUGCACACAUACAUGUGCCCGAAGUCCAUGAAACUUAAGACAUGCUUUAAUGUACGGUGUACCUCCGUCAACGUAGAAGAGACGCAAAGAAAGCCGAGAAUUAGGAUAGCUCAGUUUUGUAGUUUCAGGGCUGACCCUAUUCCUAGACCUAAUCCCACCCCACCCUCUUUCCUUAACCCAUUAAGCUUCCUCCCUCCCUCUCCUCCUACCCCCACCGUCUCUCCCAAUUCCCUCCUCUUCCUUCAAAUACCCAAUCCACCUCUAUUCCUAUAAACACUCUCCUCCCUAAUAUUCCUUGCCCCACCCCUAUUCCCAAAAUACAUUCCUAUUCAAAUGUAGCUACUCAACCCAUUCCUCAAACCCAACCACCCUCAUUCGCUCAAGCUUUGCCUCCAGUAGAACAUAGCUUUGCUGAGAAGCGGGCUUUUUUACGGUUGAGGAGGAUGGUCCAAGAUCUUGGAAACUUGGUCCGUCAAAAGAGAAGCCCGUAAAGGGGCUAUGUUAGAACGUGCAUUGUCUAACUUCUAAAAAAGACAGCACAAAAGUUAAGAUCUUAGAAGUACUAACCGUUGAAAGAGAUAUUUCAUUCAUCUCUAUAACAGAAACCUGGCUUCGGCCAAGGGUCUUAGAUGAAGAAAGAGAUAUUUUUUCCACUGAGGAUGAGAGAGAGAGAGAGAGAGAGAGAGAGAGGAGGUUGCGUCGAUACGUCCAGAAAAAAUGCGACACUUUCAUUCUCAUUUGCCGUUUGUUGUUGUUAGCCGUCAUUAAGCGUGGAAUUGUCCGACCAUUCGGACACGAGUACAGUGAGUUACCCUAAAAACAAGUAAAUCCGCGAAUAUCACUUUCAUUGGAAUGGAUCUGGGUCCCUCAACACCCAUUGCCUCCACCUCCAAGGGUGUACGGGUGAAGUCAGGCCGCAAAUCCGAGGCAACCCCUCCUAAACGGUCGUCGCGUUUGGCCGCAAAAGGGGACCAGCGGAUUGGUCUUAAUGAGCCUUCGAUUCCUGAUGUGCCAAAGAGGACCAAGCGUCGUCGUACUCACCCAAUUUCUUUGCCCACGGUACCAACGUCGGAUGAGGAUGACGAGGACGAUGCGGACGACAACGACGACGAAGCUGACGAAUCCCCGAAUGAAGAUGAAUUCGACCGCCCCCGUACCCUCCAUCCUCCUCGUCCCCGGAACCUGGGCCAUAAGGCAAUACCAUCUGGCCCACUGCCGAUCCCGGUUAUUGACGAGGAUGAAUCAAGUAAUUACGAUGAUUCUGAUUUGGAAUGGCUCACCGAUGAAUCCGACGUGGAACUUCCCCGGGGAGAAAAGUCAAAGAAGAAGACUCGUCCUCCACCAACCGGCUUUUGGAUUGGUCGAGGCAAGGCACCAACCACCAUGGGAAAAAUUGCGGGCUCCCAUGAGAAGUUUCAUGAACGGAAAUUAGAGGCCCAGUGCAAAGUGAGGAAUGUUGAGUUGCGAUGCAAAGGAACAAUUGCCAUUGCUCGUUUUGCCUCGUCCCAUACUUUGAUGGGCUUUCAGUGGCGCGAGGCGCGACGUCUCUGGCGAUUCUUAGAUGGUCAUGUUGGGAAAGAGGGGCAUUCCAUUUCCCAACAACUCGGUGCCGUGUUGCAAAUUGGAGUUAGUGCUGCGAGACACGAGGUGGCAAUGGCAGAGGUGUUUGAAGAACACGGUCUCGAGGUUAUGGAAGGUGUGGAAGGCCACACUUCUUCCGAUCCUCUUUAUGCUGACCGAACUGAAUACGUCUUCAGACAGAUUAAGAAAGCUAAGGUGGAGGAUGCUCUUUUACGUGGAAAGGUGUCGGCUAUUCCUCCCCUUCAGAAAGUGUCACCUGGGCACUUUUCUUUACCAUCUACCAGACGCCGACCCUUUCAUAGGGGAACCCGGGGAGGCCAAUACCGCCAGUCUCCGCCCAAGCCUCCUGUCGGGGCCGGUGCUACACCUGCGCGUCACCUCAUCUCUAUUCAAGGGAUUGUCCAAAGAAACGAGCCCCCAAAUAAGGGGAGGACAUGAUUUGCUAUUGAUGAUUUUAUUUUAAUUACUUAAUUCACCAUUGGUUAAUACUUGUCCAUCGAAUGUGUCUUCCAGAAUAAUGAGAUAUUUUCUUUGUGAUUACAAAUUAUUUAUUAUUUAAACUUGAUUCAUAGGUUUGGAAAC